AUGAUAACAUCAAAAAGUGACUUUUGUAAAAAAGUGGACUUGUCUCGUUGUUGCACGGAGCCCUUCAAAUGGACAACGUUCGUCGCUCACCGGGUCGGAGAAAUUCAAGAACGAACGUCCAUCACAAAUUGGUCACAUGUUAAUACCAAAGAGAAUCCAGCUGAUAUCAUUUCACGCGGUUGCUGUCCAUCAAAAUUAAGUCAAAUGUCAUUAUGGUGGUUUGGUCCCGAGUGGCUAAUUAAAGACGAAAUAAUACGACCUAACAAUGAAAAUACGUCGAAUCUAGUAAUACCUGAACGUGAAGUUACGAUUUCUAAUGUAUGUACUAAUUCACACAAUGAGACUCCUUUAUCAUCACUAUUAAAUAAGUAUUCGUCGACAAACAGGUUGUUCCGCGUAAUGGCAUAUUGUUUACGUUAUAAACACAAUUUAUUACACAAAGAGUCAAGGCUAAUCGGUUCAAUUAGCAACGAAGAAAUUAAACACGCCCGUAUCACAAUAAUAAAAAUCAUUCAAAAGAAAGAAUUUUAUAGUGAAAUACAAGAUUUAAUGCAUUUAAAAAAUGUUAAGACAACUAGUAAAUUAUUCCGAUUGUGUCCAUUUAUAGACGAUGAUGGUUUAAUAAGAGUGGGAGGACGUUUGAAAAACGCAGUAUCUAUAAACAUUUCCCAGCGGCACCCGAUCGUGUUACCGGCCGAUAAUCAUUUUACUCGUCUAUUGUUCAAAUACGAGCAUGAACGCUGUAUGCACGGAGGACCACAAGCGACCUUAUCUGCGAUACGUUUGAUAUAUUGGCCACUAAACGGUCGCAAUAUAGCCCGCAGUACUGUACACCAGUGCGUAAAAUGUUUCCGAUAUAAACCGGUCGUAAUACAACCAAUUAUGGGUCAAUUACCUUCCGAUCGCGUCGAACCAGCACGUCCGUUUUUAAAAUGCGGAGUCGAUUUUGCUGGACCAUUUUUAGUUAAAUCUUCUUUACGCCGUAAAGCUCCGUUACUAAAAGGAUAUAUAUGUAUUUUUGUAUGUUUUACGACCAAGGCAGUACAUAUAGAAUUAGUCGGAGAUUUAUCAACGCAAGCAUUUAUUAGCGCCCUUAAUCGAUAUUUCGAUAGACGUGGAAAAAGUAUAAUUAUAUACUCCGAUAACGCGACAAAUUUUGUCGGCGCAAGUCAUAAAUUAAAAGAGUGGUACGAUUUAUUCCAGACAGAACAGCAUAAGAAGAAAGUGGAAGAAGUGUUGAUGGAAAACGAAGUUCUAUGGAAAUGUAUACCUCCACUCUCCCCGCAUUUUGGCGGGUUGUGGGAGGUCGCUGUUAAAUCAAUGAAAAACUUAGUACAAAAAACAUUAGGCAAUGUUCACUUGACGUAUGAAGAGCUGUAUACUGUACUCACUCGCGCGGAGGCCUGUCUAAACUCUCGUCCAUUAACUCCUGUUUCCACUGAUCCCAAUGACUUGUCUGUAUUGACACCUGGUCAUUUCCUAAUAGGUGACUCUCUGUUAGCAAUUCCAGAACCUGAUAUAUCUGAUAUCAACACAAAUAGAUUGACUCGAUGGCGUAGAUUGAGUCAUUAUUCCCAAUUAAUUUGGAAAAAAUGGAGUCGUGAAUAUCUAAACCAACUUCAGGAGAGAAAAAGGUGGGCAGUCGAGAAAGGCCCUAAACUAGACAUUGAUACUGUCGUGUUGGUUCGAGAUGAAAAUCUCUCUCCCUUGCAAUGGAAACUUGGUCGAGUGACAAGCGUUCAACGAGGUUCUGAUAAAGUCAUUAGGUCAGCUGAAGUCAGACUGGAAAAAGGUUAA